AUGUGGGAUACUGACAUGUCUAACAAUUUGAUUUUGCAUGUGUUUCUCAUUGCGAUUCUCACUUGUGAUGGGAAUUUCUCAAACAAAUCUUUCUGCCAGCAAGAAUUGUACAGUCCAAUGGGCUCUAAACACCCCACUUCGUUCAAUGCUCUAGAACGCUCUGAACAGAGGAGCUACGAGAACGUGAACGAGAACGAGAUCGACGACAGAGACGAUCUACCACGGACGGAGAAGGAUGAUGAUGACUUUGUUGAAGAAGAGGUUGCGAACGAGGAAUUUGAGGGGGAUGUAGAGAACGAAUAUCUUGAUGCAAAGGAAGACAAUGACACAUCUCGGUUCUUCACCACAGAUUUGACUUUCGAGAGUAAAGAAAUGGUGAUAGAAUGGGUUAGGAAAACUGGGCGUUCGAAUGGUGUGGUGGUUGUUGUCCUGCGUUCGGAUGUGAAUGAUGUCAAUAGGAAUCCUAGGGUUAUAUUUGGGUGUGAGAGGAGUGGCAAGUAUAGGGCAAAACCAGUUGCGAAGGAGAAGAGUAAGAGAGUUGUAAAGAGACGGGGGUCGUCAAUCAAGAAAUGUGACUGUCCGUUCAGGCUGAAAGCUCAGAUGGUGGACAGGGAUACAAAAACAUGGGACUUUGUUGGGAGGCUGAAUGAAGAAGAGAAGGAUAUUGUGGAAAGGCUUGGUAAGACAGGAGUGAAAAGUAGGGGAAUCCUUAAUCAAAUUAAGUUGAAUGACAAAACAAAUGCCUCUACUUUGAGGACAAUCUACAAUGCCAGAAGCUUGCUGAAGAUCAAGGAAUUGUGUGGGAGAACGCAUAUGCAACAAUUGUUCAAGAGAUUGACAGAGCUUGGGUAUGUGACUAAGCAUCGCAGCGAUCCUACGACGAAUGAGGUACAAGAUUUAUUUUGGGCAUACUCUCCUUCAAUUAACUUGGCCAAAGCUUUUCCAUACGUAUAUAUGCUAGAUUGUACGUACAAGACGAACAAGUAUCGAUUGCAGUUGCUUGAAAUAGUUGGGGUGACUUCCACAGAUAAGACAUUUGCUUUGGCAUUCUGUUAUAUGCAUUCAGAGAAGGAAGAAAAUUAUGAAUGGGCUCUCAACUGUCUCAAGGAACUAUUUGAUGAAGAGGAGCUUCCAGGUGUGUUUGUUAUGGAUCGUGAGCUUGCUCUGCUGAAUGCUGUGAGGCAGGUAUUCCUUCUUGCAAAGAGAAUGUUGUGUCGUGUUCAUAUUGAGAGAAAUGUUUUGAGUAAAUGUAUAGGGUUUUUUAAGAUCAAAGCUGAUUUUGAUGAUUUUAUGGCACAUUUUGCUAAAUUGAUGCACUCUGCUAACUGUUUGGAGUAUGACAACAAUAUGACAUUGUUAAUUCAGAAAUUCAAGGCAUGGCCAGCUGCCUUAACUUAUGUGACAGAGUCCUGGUUGUGCAAUUAUAAGGAGUUAUUUGUUUCAGCCUGGAUUGAUCAACACCUGCACCUAGGAAACACAAAUACUAACCGUGUAGAAGGUAGCCAUGCAAAGUUAAAGAGACAUUUGACAAAUUCUGUACAUGGUUUUCUUACAUCUUUGGAUUCUAUUCACUUACUGUUAGAGGGUCAGUUACUUGAUAUCAAGCUGCCUUGGGUGAAAAUAGAAUCAGAAGUAGUGGUUGCUCAGAAUAUGGGUGUGGAUCCUGCUGCUUGCAAUCACAAGAACUUACUCACUCUUGGCUUGCCUUGUGCACACAUGAUUGGAGCUUAUCUCUUAGAUGGCAAAAGCAUACCUAUUAGUGAUGUCCACAACCUGUGGAAGAAAUUGAAUUUAAAUAAGUAUGUUAAUGAUUCAAACCAAAUGGUGACAAUCGACACAGAGAUGGAAGCAAUAAACAAGAGAUUCAGAGAUGCAACUACUCCACAGAAACUUGAAUUGAAGAAACAACUACAAGUACUUGCAGAACCUGUAUUGACAGAUGCAUUAGAGCCAAAGAAGAAGGUUGAUGUGAGGGGCAGGAAACAGCGUGCUAAGAAGCCUAGGUUUACAAAUCCUGUCUCUACCAAGCGUGAACCUUCUGAAUUUGAACAUAUUUUAGAGAAUCAUGUCUUUGAAGAUCUUCAAGGAACACAGCAGUCUCAAGUUUGCAGUAGUAUGAAGCUCAAAGUGCAUCGAACCAGGAAGCCUAAUACUGCUAAUUGGGUCACAAGGUUUCCAGAAUUUAUUCAUCCACACAUUACACAUAUAACUGAUGUUCCAGGAGAUGGACAUUGUGGAUAUAGAGUAAUUGCCAGCUUUCUUGGUUUAGGUGAUGAUGGUUGGAAGAAAGUACGUAUUGAUCUUUUGGAAGAGCUGAAGAAACAUCGUGAUGAAUACAACAAGGUAUUAUCUCCAUUGACAUCCUCUGAUGAACUUAUUGAUUCUGUUGAUUGUUUAGAUAGUUAUGCUGAUAUGAGGCAUUGGAUGACUAUGCCUAACAUGGGCAAUAUUAUUGCAUCCUGCUAUAAUGUUCCAGUAGUUCACAUAUCAAACGUACAAUGUCUGACUUUUUUGCCACUAAGGGAUCCACCACCAUUUGAGGCUAGCAAAGAUAUACUCACAAUCGGCUAUAUCAAUUGA